AUGGCCGGCUCCAAGAUGACCAAUGCCGAGCGCAUCUCGAAGCUGCUGGAGAUGAUUUCCGGGCUCGAGAGUGUAGGCAUCAAGGACUUCAUGUCGUCCUUCCUCCCGCACUUGACGCUCGUGUCGGCCGACGACUUUGAGACGGCCGCCAGCCACCACCACCCGCCGCGGAUCGUGUUCGGCUACUCCGUGCAGCCGGAGCACUGCAACCGCAUGUACAACAUGCACGGCGGCGCCACGGCGGCGCUGUUUGAUUUCUGCACCAGCCUGGCCUUGGCGCUGGCGCCGUCGUCGCCCCAGGCGGAUGCCGCGCUUGCCAGGGACAACAACGACGACGACAACGACGACAACGACGACAACGACGAAGAGGAGCUGAUCAAGUCGUGGCGCCGGCUCGGCGUCAGCCGGACACUGAAUGUGACGUACGUGCGGCCGGCCCCCAUGGGCCUGGCCGUGCUGGUCGAGUGCGAGCAGGUGCACGCGGGCCAGCGGCUGUCGACGCUGCGGGGCGUGCUGCGGCGGGCCCAGGACGGGGCGGUGCUGGCCACGUGUGAGCACGGCAAGGUGAAUUUGGAUCCGGACAAUGUGCCGAGGCCGAGCAAGAUAUAG